AUAUUGAUUUUGCGACUCGCAAGAUUGCAAAACACUUGAAACAAACAAAGGAGAUUAUUCAAGACGGAGAUAAUUUUAAAACAAAAACACUCAGUACUUUCAGAAACUAUGAUCUGAAUUUCACUGUGGGAGUGGAGUUUGAAGAACACACCAAAGGGCUGGAUAACCGAGUGGUAAAGACACUAGUGACCUGGGACGGUGACAAACUCGUCUGUGUGCAGAAAGGCGAGAAGAAGAACAGGGGCUGGAAGCACUGGAUUGAAGGAGACAUGCUGCAUCUGGAACUGACAUGUGAAGACCAGGUGUGCCAUCAAAUAUUUAAGAAGAAAAAUUAA